AUGCUACAAGAAUUAGGUCCUGAUUCAGUUUUGGUCCCUGUUUUACCCUCGAUUCACGCUUCUGUCUUACCCAAAAUCCACCGUCUUCUGUUUCUUCCUUCUACCUUUCUUCUCCACUCUCCUCGUCAUCUUCUCCUUCUCUUUUUUACCUCUCUUUGGCGUCACAACUGGACUUCGAACACCGAUCAGAAAGUAGCCUCCAUCUCACGUUUUUCGUUCCUCUCCAUCGGUGAAACUGCGUUCUGUCCAUUGGAACCGUUCCCGGUGGGUCGUGUCCAUCGACUGCUGAAAACAAGGGUUAGUGCAAACGGAAGGGUCGGAGCAACAGCUGCUGUAUACACAGCUGCAAUUCUCGAGUACUUGACUGCAGAAGUGCUAGAACUGGCAGGUAACGCGAGCAAGGAUCUGAAGGUUAAGCGAAUCACACCAAGACAUUUGCAACUAGCUAUCCGGGGUGAUGAAGAACUUGACACCUUGAUUAAAGGAACUAUAGCAGGCGGCGGUGCUAUCCCGCACAUUCACAAAUCACUUAUCAACAAAUCUUUGAAGGAGUAGUUCAUGUAAGUUAUCUGUCUGUUUUAAUCUGUACCCAUAAACGUCAGUAAAAUGUUUCAAGUCCUUGCUUGUUUCAGUAGAUAAUCAUGGAGAUUCAGGAUUUAAAUUAUAAAGAUGGAUUCAAACAGCUGAUAUUUUGAAUUACAAA